AUGGAGUUCAGAGGCAGUGACCGAGGGCCGUUCGUGCCCGCGCUGAUUGUAGUUGACAUGCAGGAAGACUUCUGCCCACCUGAAGGAUCCUUGGCUGUUCGAGAAGGCAGGGACAUUGCACCGGUGAUCAAUACUCUUUUGGCUCAACCUGGCCUGGUGGUACGCAUCGCGACUCAAGACUGGCACCCCGCCAACCAUAUUUCCUUUGCCAGUAACCACCCACCUCCAAACAAUCGUCCAUUCGAGUCAUUCGCAGAGAUGAAGAAUCCCGCCCCGGACAAGAAAAUGGAGUCCAUGUCGGUGCAGCUGUGGCCAGAUCACUGUGUAGCCAAUACUACUGGGUCUAACAUGAUCCCGGAGAUUGACACUACGCCCAUAGACCACUUCAUCCGCAAAGGUACUGAUCCCCAGGUCGAGAUGUAUUCAGCCUUUGGAGACGCUUUUGGUAAUCUGGACCCGGCUGUGACGUCGCAAUCCGGGGUUACGGAUGUAAUUGUGGUGGGACUGGCGGGCGACUACUGCGUGAAAUGGACCGCAAUCGAUGCCGUCAAGGCUGGAUUUCGCAGUUGGCUUGUUGAAGAAGGCACCAGAUGUGUCGCGCCGGAGGGCUGGGACAAGGUCAAGGCAGAGCUUCAUGGGGCGGGGGUAUCUGUCGUUCAUAUGGACGACCCCAUCGUGAAGAAGCUCAGCACAGCUGUGGACUGA